CUUGUGUCGCUACUUCGAAAAAUAGUCACUUAAGUGGUCAGAAAAGUCGCUAACUAUAGUGACCAAGUUGCCUCGGCUUCUUUAAACAAGCUCCUCGCAGCCAUGUUGUUAGUGUAAGCAGUGUGCAUGAGCGGGGCAGGCUUUGAAAUAAGGAAGGUUUUAAAAAGUGUCCUGACAAAGAAACUCGAAUGGAUCGAGGAAAUGGAUGCAUCGCCCACCGAUGCAUUUGUACGUUUUCCAUCCAUCCGUUUUCGAUACGACAUGUCCUCGUUCGAGGCGACAGAGUCUUCGUCAGCCUCCCGGUCCUCCAAAAAGCCUCGAAGGGCAAUGGAGUUCCCUUGGCACAGCGGGAAGGUCUUGGAGCAGCUCAACAACCAGCGCAAGCAGGGCUUGUUGUGUGACUGCACAUUUGUUGUGGAUGGAGUGGACUUCAAGGCCCACAAAUCUCUGCUGGCAGCCUGCAGCGUCUACUUCCGCACCCUCUUCCUGGACCAGAAGGACGUGGUGCAUCUGGACAUCAGCAAUGCCGCAGGUUUGGCCCAGGUCCUGGAAUUCAUGUACACAGCCAAGUUGAGUUUGACUCCUGACAACGUGGAGGAGGUGAUGGCUGUCGCCAGUUUCCUGCAAAUGCAAGAGAUUCUAAACGCUUGCGCCAUCUACCAGUCGGGGGCUGAUCCAGCUCCGUGCCUCGGAGUCGUCGCGCUGGAUGUUGCUGAAGGAGGAGAAAAAGCAGGUGACGGACAGCCGAGAGAGGACAGCGACAGUGACCUGGCGGAGGUGGCGUUCCGGGCAGAGCGGGGUCCUUCCACGUGCGCCGCAGAAAACAACGAUAAGCUCACAGAAGAUCACGGCCAAACCACACACGGCUCAGCGCAAACACAGAAGGCGGACGUUUCCGAGCCGAACCCCGCCCAAAGCUGUCCAGUUCUCGCACAACCCUCCAAAAGCAGCGUUGCACAAAAGAGAGCGCUUGUGAAGAAGGAGGACGAGGAGGACGAGGAGGAUUGUGACGCUGGACAGGAUGCCGCAUCCACUUUUCAGGAUGAUCCCUCUGAUGUAGACUACACACCACAUGCACCGAUCAAAUCUGUCAACACCCCCAUUUUUACCAGUUCUCGCGGUAGACGAAUUAGGAAACCUCCUCGACGGAACUUCCUUCCUGACAAUGACCCAGAUGAUGAAGGUAUAAAAAGUGAACCUAAGAAGAUCAGGCCAGGCCAGGAGGAUGAAUGCGAGGAGGUUGAUGACGACGACGCGACCGCUGAGGCGCAUUCGGACACCGGUCAGCUCGUCGGAGACGUACGCAACGACACAGAGGAGAAAGCAGUCCACGCCGCUGCGAUCGGCAGCCGAUCCGAGUCGAAGCCUUACAGCUCUGUGACGCAUAAAUGCGAGGACUGUGGGAAGAAAUUCACGCACACUGGCAAUUUCAAGAGACACAUGCGCAUUCACACGGGAGAGAAACCCUUCACCUGUCGAGAUUGCAACAAGGCUUUCUCUGAUGCGGCGGCUUGUAAAGCUCAUGAGAAAACACACAGUCCCCUGAAGCCAUACUGCUGCUCGAUCUGCGGAAAGAGCUAUCGUCAGAUCAGCCUGCUCAACCUGCACCGCAAGCGGCACACCGGCGAGGCGCGCUACAGCUGCGAGUCGUGCGAGAAGCUCUUCACCACGUCGGGGAACCUGAAGCGCCACCGGCUGGUGCACAGCGGCUUGAAGCCGUACCGCUGCGAAUACUGCGACAAGGCUUUCUCGGACCCCACCGCCAAGAUGCGACACUUGGAGACGCACGACGCCAACAAGGGCAACAAGUGUCCGCACUGUGACAAACGCUUCAAUCAGCCCGGAAAUCUGAAGGCCCACUUAAAAAUCCAUAUCGCAGAUGGGCCGCUGAAGUGCAGAGAAUGCGGCAAACAAUUUACCACAUCAGGAAAUCUGAAGCGUCACUCCCGGGUCCACAGUGGAGAGAAACCAUACGUCUGUUCGCACUGCCAAAGAGCGUUCAGUGAUCCGGGAGCUCUGCAGCGGCAUGAACGCAUCCACACAGGAGAGAAACCUUGCGUGUGUCCCACCUGUGGCAAAGCCUUCACCCAGGCCAGCUCCCUCAUUGCGCACGUCCGCCAGCACACCGGAGAGAAACCCUACGUGUGUGAUCGUUGUGGUAAAAGAUUUGUGCAGUCCAGUCAACUGGCCAAUCACAUUCGCCACCACGACAACGUGCGCCCUCACCAGUGUCAAAUGUGCGAGAAGUCAUUUGUCAACGUGGGCGACCUUUCCAAGCACAUCAUCGUUCACACAGGAGAGAAGCCCUUCCUAUGUGACAAAUGCGGCAGAGGUUUUAACCGCGUCGACAAUCUACGCUCUCACAUCAAGACCGUCCACCAGGGCAAUGCUGGCAUGAAGCGGCGGCGGCCCGGCGCCGGCAGCGACUCGGACGUGGAGAACGACAGCUGCGUUGAGGCCUCCACCUCGGACGGCGAGAUCAACAUUGUAACCGUCACCGAGGACAUUGUUACCCUUGCGACGGAAGCCCUGGCGGCCAGCGCUGUGGCGCAGCUAACAGUGUUACCAGUGGAUGCGUCCGUGUGUGCUGAUGCAACCGAAGCUUUGAAAGCGGAAAUUACCAAAGCAGUAGAGAAAGUGCAGGAAGCAGACCCCAACACGGAGAUACUUUACGCCUGUGAUUCAUGCGGUGAUAAAUUCCUGGAUGCUAGUUCGCUAGCUCAGCAUGUACGCAUUCACACAGCCCAGGCCUUGGUCAUGUUUCAAGCAGACUCGGACUUCUACCAGUACACCGCGGUCGCCGGCGCUGAGGGGGACAGCGCCGGAACGUGGCAACCCGUAGCCGAACAGGUGAUCCAGGAAGGCGAGCUCAUAUUCCGUGGCCAAGAUGGAGAAGGAAAUGCGGAGGAGGACGCCAUAGGGGAAGAAGGGCUGAUUGAUGGGAAGAAGGUGGAGGAUGGACAGCUUGAAAUGGUGGCUGAGCUCCAGACGGAUCGAAAAGCUGAAGGAGAGCUAAUUGUGUGCGAGGUUCAGGUGUAGUCAUGCUCAUUUUUAAAGGCUACUUAAAGGUUAGGCCCUGUAAAAUGAAAAUAAAAGGUUUUGUUAAUUGGACACACCACAGAGAAGAGAAGAGUAUUGUUAGAACGCCUGUCAAAUUUCAGUGAAUUAGAAAAAAAAAAAACCUCCCGUCAAAAUGAUGAAAAAUGGAGCCCACCUCUAAGCUGUCGGUCGCUGUGGGCGUGUCCGCUAAAUGCACUGUAAACACCCCCCCACCCGCUCAUUUUUCAGGGUCCGUACAGUAUGUGCUCAAAUGUCUGUAGUCAGCUGCAGGCUGAAUAACAUGCGCCGCUGUGUUUAAUAAACGGUUCACUUUCCCUGAUGUGUUUCUUAUGCGGGGACCCGCACACACCGAGGGAGGCACUGUCGUAUUAGGCGACCCCACUGCCAGUCUAGCGAGCUUGCUAACACGUUAGCUUGCGGGCUUAUAGUUAAGUUUCCAAGAAGGGUUUCUAUUGUCUGGAUCUGGCGGACGGAGAGGCUGUGAAGUAUUGGACGAACCCAACUCUGGUCCGCGAGAUCAGCAGGGUAGCCGUCUAAUUGGCCAUCGCUUUGCUCCGUGUGCAUUUUCUUAAGGUUGUAGGCAUUGUUUGAUGGCUAACUGCACGCUGUGGUGGUAGAAAUUGGCCAAGUUAUUAUUCCUAAGGAACUGGCAAAUAGCCUCUGAUGCAAUGACGGCGCUUGGUACUUAUAGUACUUAUAUAGUGGGGCAGGGCCAACUAAUACCAGAAAGCCCAAGUGCAUACUCUGGCUUGUUUUUAAUGAAUGAAAGGCUCAAAGAAUAAUAGCCACAAUUCCAUACUCAAUUAUUUUGUUCUUUUCAUGUUUUCAGCAUCUCAAACAAAUGUAAUGUAUUCAGAAACAGAAACACGGAAAUGACUUUACAGGGUCUUUAAAGCUCUUUUAGCAGUGCAAAAGAUACUUUUCAACGUUCUCCACUGGAUUCAACACUUUAAGAAGGAAAGGUUGCCAUCAAGGCAGCGUUGGUAAUGUGUAUCAAUCCAACACUGUACUUUACAUAAUCUGUUCAUUUUUGUCUUGUAAUGAUGGCUCGUGCGUUGUCCAUUGAAAAAAAAAAAAAAAAAAAAACGAGAAAAGUAUGUGUUGUUUUUUUUCCCCCGUGGUACUCAGUUUUGGGUAUUUUCUUAAAGAACAAAAGUGUAUUAUGUAUUAAGUAUUUUCCUAGAGAUUCUUUUAGUAUAUACUAUUUAUUUUGUACACUUAUGUGGGGAUUAAACAUUAGGACUUUAACAUUUUACGCUUUUAGGACAAUUUAAAUUUGACAAGUUUGCAUUGUCAAAGUCUGUAAUGUUACUGCAUCGGGGUGAAAAUGAGAUCUAUUAAAAAAAUAAAAAAAAAAGCUAGCCAUUGUGUUACUUUUGUUCUCAUCUUCGAUUUCAGCCCAUGGUUGAAGUCUGGAUGAAGCGGGUACUUUGUGGCGUGUCUUAUGUGGAGAAUGGCGGCCAUAUUGCUGUUGGAAAAAUAUCACUGUUUAUGUAAUCCUCAAAAGUUGAAUAAAUAUAACUUGUG